UUUAAAUAUAAAAUGGCAUAUCAAUAGCCUUUUUACAUGGCAUCCCCACAAAGACCCCAACCUCAGCCUUAACCCUAUAUUCCACCCCCCUAAGUCUAGUCAAGACCAUAAUACCCUCCUCAAGCCUAGUAUCCUCCUUAAAUACCAUAGGUACAAUUUGAAUUUAUUUUGAAUAAUUUUAGGGAUAUCGUCCUCCCCAACCAUACGGUUAUCCUCAACCUUAAAUAGUUAAAUAACCAUUACCGCCUCAACCCCAAAGGAUCUCCUAUCCAUAACAACCAAUCGGAUAUCAACCAUAAUAACCACCCCCUCAAACCUAUCCUCCUUAAUAAGUAUAUCCAUAAGGUCCUAUCUACACUCAGAGUCCUUAGAGACCAAAUCCAACCCAACCAUAUCCUUAGCAACCUGUAAGAGUGUCAUUUUUAUCAUAGAAUGUUUAACAGUAUAGAUAACCAUAGCCUCCCUAGCCUCAGCCUCAAAGAACUGUUCCCCCCCAAUAAUAUCCACCAUAACAAUAUCAACAACAACCACCACAAGGAGCUCGUCCUUAUGGUCAACCCUAACCAUAAGCUCCAGUCUAGCAAUUGGCUUAGGCACCCAUUCAAAAUAAAGUCGUCCAACCGCCACACCAAUUAGUUCCAUAGUAGCCCAAAGCUUAAUAAGUGCCAUAAUAUAGACCACCUGACCAAUAAUAAUAGCCAUAACAGCCACAAUAAUACAAGCCCUAAUAGUUGUCAUAGAAGGACGAAGAUUUAGAGAAGAAGUUCUAAGAUGCUAUAGACAGAACAAGAGAUUUAGUUCAAAGAUACUAGAAUCCACAACAAAAUUAAUAUUAACCUUAAAAGUAAUAGCAAUAACCUCAACAGCCAUAAUACGAAAAGUAAUCCAUUUUUGAAUCAUCUUAGUCCUGAGAAUAAUGAUCAAGAUCAAUAGCUCUAAGAUUUGGCUUUGUAGUAUGAGGAUGGUUACAUCUAUAGAGGAUAAGGGUAUGAGCCAGCAACAAGAGAAGGAUUCGGAGUCCUAACUGAUUAGAACGACAACGAAGUUUAUAGUGGAUAUUGGCAUGAAAACUAAUACCAUGGACAAGGCAAGUUGAUCAAUUUCCAAGCUGAGCAAAUUGAUGGCCCAUUCGACUAUUAAGACCUCAGUGGCAUUGAUAACGGCUGGUUAGGUUAUGAGGGUAUGAGAUCUUUAUAAUGACUAAGGUGAAUUCUUCGAAGGCAAGAUGCAUGGUUAAGGAACACUUUAAUUAACUAAUGGUGAAAAGUUUGAAGGCAAAUUUAAUGAUGGAAUGAUUGAUGGAGAGGGAGUAUACACAACUGUCAAUGGAUAAGUUAUCAGAGGAGUUUGGAAGGAAGGAAUCUUGGCAAGUUAUAUGUGAUCCCAUAAAAAAUAUAAAUAAAUCAU